CAAGUAAAGGUUAUGUUUUUUUAAUUAUGACAAGACACGCCAGAAAUUGCACUGCAGGGGCUGUGUACACCUACCACGAGAAAAAGAAAGAUGCCCAAGCUUCCGGUUAUGGUACAAAUGCCCAGCGGUUGGGCAAAGACUCAAUCAAAGAUUUCGAUUCUUGUUGCUUGUCUUUGCAACCUUGUCGAAACCCAGUGAUAACAAAAGACGGUUAUUUGUUCGAUAAAGAAGUGAUCCUGGAAUACAUCAUUGCAAAGAAAAACGAAAACAGUAGAAAACUGAAAGAGUAUGAAAGACUUAAACGCAAGGAGGAUGAAAUCUCUUUGGACAAAGCCACCGCUGAGACUAACCAAAAAGUUGAACGGUUUCUUAAAGGAGAAAAUAGUAUCAUUAGCAAACCAACAAGUCACUUCACGAGUGAACCAAGCACGUCGUCAAUUUCCAACAUGGCAGUGGGCCGUGACAAAGAAUUACCAAGUUUUUGGGUCCCAUCUAAAACACCCACUGCGGAAAAGCCCAAAUUACAGAAACCUCAUAAUGUCGUUUUGUGCCCAAUUUCGGGGAAACCCCUCAAAGUAAAAGACCUGAUUGAGGUCAAAUUUACUCCAAUAAAGGACUCCGGCGAGAAAAAGUCACUAAUUGCGAGGGAAUGUCGUUAUAUGUGUGCUGUAACACAUGAUGUUUUGAGUAAUUCGGUUCCUUGUGCCGUCCUCAAACCAACGGGUGACGUUGUCACGUUAGAAUGUGUGGAGAAAAUUAUCAAAAAAGAUUGGGUUCAUCCACUCACUAGUAAAAAAUUGACAGAGAAAGACAUUAUUGUGAUGCAGAGGGGGGGCACAGGGUACGCCCGAACUAACGCUGAACUGGAGGCUAAGCAAGAACGGCCAGCUCUUCAAGCCUGAUUGAGAGUUUAAUUUUAAUAAAUUUACUUGACUCA